GCGAGAACAAGUGCAAGGACCACGGCAUCCUGCAGGGCAGAGUUGGAUCUAUUCACCGCACAGCACUCUCAGCAGUAUAUCCUUGGCUGUUCUGUUUGGCCCUACUCAUGGACGUUGCUACACAUCUCGGCAACGACACGGCGCAGCAUAACAUCGGCUCGAACGUACAGCACCUCGGCAGAAGCCAGUCUCACUUCGUUGGCUGGACGUGCGAACGGUGUAAGCACGGAGCUAAGAAGAUCGGUCCCGAUGGCCAACAGGCCCAGUACUUGCUGAGCCGCCAGCUCCAGCGCCUGAACCAGACGGUGCAGGUGACGAUCAACCAAUAUUACCAGACGAUGCAGAUGAUGAUGCAGACACUGGGGAUCCUCCUCCCGUACCUCCUCCUGUACCUCAAGGAUCACGACCUCCUAGGAAAGCCUUAA